AUUCUUCGUUCUGCCGGCCUCUUGUCCUUCCCCAUCCUGUCCCCGUCCUGGAUUUGACUUCCUCCCUCUAACCCUCUUUCGUCUCCCCGACCUUUUCACACUUCAUCUCUCUAUCCUUUCCUCUUCCUCUUCCUCUCCCAAUACCAACACGGCUUUUCACUCAUAUUUCCCCCCGCUGUCCACCCUGGCCACAAUCGCUGUUUAUUUGCUCCAAAUCACGGGACCUCGUUAGUCCUGCACAGCAAUUGCCCGCCCUAGUCACCCGCGGCACGUUCGCGCCUGACCUGGCCUCGCGGCAUCGACGCUAUAUCGACAUUUCUUCCCGCCCACCACCUUCUUGUCCUCUCUUCCACCCUAGCAACCAUCUACCUUUUAUUUUAUCAACAUCACCUUCGUCGCAACGAAUCUAAAUCACUUCAUUUAUCUACGUUGACGUGCUUACCCCCUCACACACGUACACACGUUUCAUCUUGCUAUUGGCUGCUCCCAAAUUUUGUUUGGCAUUCCGUCCUGGCGCUGCAGCCUCCUCUUGCAGCAGGGCAGUCGUUCCGAGUAGUCCUGGGUGAGGGCAACCAUGCGAUAAUUCAGCGCUUCUCCCCCCAGCAAUCUUCAUCCACGACUCGCUAUGUCGACAGAUGAGAAUGGCUCUGUCGUAGCUGUGCCUCCACCAUCUCCUCCCAAAGAACCUCCAGCCAACCCUGAGCCACCUCAGAAUCAUGGGUCGCCAAGCGUGCCUCCCGACAGUAUGGACGUUUCGCCUGCACCCGAACCUGCGGCACCCCUCGACACGCCUCAGUCCCAACCUAUGACUGCCACAGCGUCAUCUUCAUCUCAACAUCCUCCUGCAGAAAACGUCGACGCCAAUGGCACCUCUGCUACAAACUAUGGCACUCGCUCUAGAAACCGUACUGGCGGCCAGCGUAUCAACUACGCAGAGGACAAGGACUUGGACAUCGAACUGGAGGCCCUGACAAAGCCUCAAAGGGCCAGCAAGAGAACUUCGGCUGCCGCGAGCGAAACACACAAUUCAACCUCAAAUCUGGCAUCCGCCUCCGCUAGCAACGAUACUCCUGCAGCUGUUGCAUCUACCCCCUCCUCCGCACCCACUCCAGCACCAGCCUCUGCCCCUGCACCCUCAAAGAAAAGAAAACAUCCUGGCGGUCACCACUCGGCCGGCACGACCUCAGGCUCAUCGCGGUCUAAGCAUACUGCGUCGAUUCCAUUCAAAGGCUAUGUCGAAACAAACAUGAUGAGCUUCACCAAGUGUGGUUACAGGCUGAACGCCAAACAGCAGCUGGUCGCCAAUGAUGGGACGACCAUUCAAGCAAAUGACCACGUUUAUUUCGUCUGCGAACCUCCUGGAGAGCCCUACUACCUUGCCCGAAUCAUGGAAUUCCUGCACCAAAAGAAUGAUCCUGAGGCCCCCAUCGAUGCUAUGCGUGUCAACUGGUACUAUCGCCCCAAAGAUAUCCUGCGAAGGGUACAAGAUACCCGCGUCGUCUUUGCUUCGAUGCAUUCCGACACAUGUCCAUUGACCUCAAUUCGAGGAAAGUGCAACAUUCAGCAUCUGUCCGACGUCGGCAACCUGGACGAAUACCGAACUCAGCAAGAUUCAUUCUGGUUUGACAAGUUGUACGACCGCUACAUGCACCGUUAUUACGAGGUGAUCCCUGUCCGCAAGGUCGUCAAUGUUCCACAACGGGUCAAGACAGUUUUGGAUCAGAGAUGGAAAUUUGUCCUUGUCGAAAUAGGUCGGGGGAGGGAAUUGACAAGCGAUAGCAAGAAAUGUACUCGCUGUGAACAAUUUGCCAGUAAUCACGACUCGGUGGAUUGCGCAGUUUGCAAAAAGACGUACCACAUGCAAUGCGUCCGGCCUCCGUUACUGAAAAAGCCCGCUCGCGGUUUCGCCUGGGCCUGUGCCGCCUGUAGCCGUGCACAGGAACUCAGGCUGGACUCUCGGAACACUCCUGCCGGAUCCGAUGCUGCCUUUGGCGACGAUGACGAUUUAAUGGAUGACGACGAGGAUGACGGUGGUCCCAAGGUUCAGGAGACCAGGGAAAGCAGUGUCACCCAAGAAACUCCUACAGAACCCACCCCUGACCAAAUUUUCCAGGCCAACUUGUGGCCUUGGAGAUAUUUAGGAAUUCACUCCCGGGUCGAAGAUGCACUCGACUAUGACGACCGGAUUUAUCCUCGAGCAAGUUCGAGACUUGGUCCGCGACACCAAGCCAAUGUCAAUAUCUGGCAUGGUCGCCCAGUCGAAAUGGUCAAACCGGCCGAAAUAAAACGCAAGUACAAGAGCGUGCACCUAAAGGGGAGCAAGUCGGCCAAAGACACCGGCACCGAUACCGACAAAGACCAGCGUCAAAAGCGUCCCAAAUGGGUCAUGGACGAACCGCCGGGAUAUAUAGCUCGUGGGCAUGAUGAGCCCGUUGAGAUCAAGGGCAAGAAAGAGCAUACGGCUCAGCUUAUCUUCAAGAUGCCGAGUGUCUCUCGUUCUACCGAACGUGGCAACGACGAUGUGGCCACGCCAAACGACUAUGGGAAGAUUGUCGAUGAAUACACGGAAAAGGUGAAGCCGAUUGCCGCACAGUAUCACGUGCUCGAUUGUUCCGUCGAUUUCUUGACAAAAGCUGUGGAGAAAUUACACGAGAAGGAUUUCAACAUCGAGGAAGCCCUUCAGGCCAUGAAGAACCUGUCUCUGAAAGCCGACUUGAAACAGCCCGAUCUGAAUCGGGAAGAAAUCAAACGAUUCGAGGAAGGAGUUGCCAAAUAUGGCAGUGAGCUACACGCAGUCGCUCGUCACGUUGGCGGCAAUGUCAAGGAAUCUCGAAUUGUCAGAUUCUACUACAUGUGGAAGAAGACCGAUCGCGGACGCCAGAUAUGGGGUAGCUUUGAGGGCCGGCGCUCGAAAAAAGAAUCUAAACGGGUUGACAAAGAGGGUAAUGUCACCAAGUUGCUUGACGAUGUCGCGGACGACCAUGAUGAUUCCGCGUUCGACGACGAUAAGGCGGUCCAAAAGAAACGCGGCUUCGAAUGCAAGUUCUGCGCUACUCGCCAUUCUCGACAGUGGAGGCGAGCACCUGGAACUCCUCCUGGUACCCUGAUUCCAAAAGAUGCAUCAUCCAAGAACAGCAAAGACAAAAGCAAUUGGUUGACACUAGCGCUAUGUGGGAGAUGCGCCUAUCUAUGGCGGAAGUACGCGGUGCAGUACGAGGACAUUGAAGAAAUCUCGAAGAAAAUCGCAUCAUCAGGUAGCAGAGCCGCAAAGAGGAAAGUCGAUGAAGAACUUCUCCGACUCAUCCUUGAAGCACAUCAAAUGUCCGGCGAUCCUAUCCCCCCUCGAGCCGUGGACGAGGUCAAUAAAGCUGGACUCGAAGUCCCCGCCAACAUUAUUCAGCCUGAUGAGCCUCCCAAAAAGAAAGCGAAAGGUGACAAGGAUACAACUGCGCAUGGCACGCCCGAUGUCGUGCCAGAAAAGAAGAAGGCGGUACCGGAGAAACCGCAAGAACCACCACCGUUGGAGCCUGACCCACCCAAGGUGAAAAUUCACCCAUGUGCGGUUUGCCAUGUCAUCGAUGUCCCCAAUCAGCAAUUGCUUAAGUGUCGAGAUUGCCGUUUGCAUGUCCACGGAGCAUGUUAUGGAGUGGGAGAGAAGUCAAGCACAGGACCAUGGUACUGCGACAUGUGCAGGAAUGAUCAUGUGCUGCAGGUCUCGACCACUUAUGAGUGUGUUCUCUGUCCCGUCAAGUACACUCAACAAGAUCUUAUGGAGCCGGUGAAACCUACUCACAAGAAAAAGACCGAGCGCGAUCGCGAAAAGGAGCGCAUGGAACGCGAAAUCAUCCAAGAAGCUAGCAGAAGAUGGCGAAUGGAACAAGAGAGCGCUGGACGUCCCGUUAAUCCCAGGGAAGCUUUAAAGAGGACCGCUUGGAACAAUUGGAUUCACAUCACUUGUGCUCUUUGGACAAAGGAAAUCAAGUUUGGCAAUGCGGAGAUGCUGGAUGAUGCCGAAGGUGUUGGUUUCAUACCACCGGAUCGAUUCGAACCCAUCUGCAAAAUUUGCGAAGCCAAUGGUCUUCCGACUAUCAAAUGUCAUCAAUCCAACUGCAACUCCUUUUUCCACGUUGGGUGUGCCCAUCAGGCAGGCUAUCAAUUUGGAUUUGACGUGGUCCCCGUCAAAGGCAGUCGAAGAGACUUGGUCAACGUCAUGAGACUUGGUCCUGAGACCGGGGUCGUCACAGCAGCUAUCUGGUGUCCCAAUCAUGGUCCCCAGGGCCAGUUUCAUGAUAUGCUCGAAUCCACCGAGACAGGACUGACGGCUAUGCAAUUGUUCGCCCGCACUUACAAGCAAGUGGACACUUCGGUGACUGGCACUGUGCGAAGAGCAGCUCAGUUCACUUUCAACAAUCCGAUCACUGCACCUGCCGUACAACCACCCCAAAGACGAGUUUCUACCAUCAACGGCGUGAUCAAUGGUGGCCAUUCUCUAUCGGACAAGCAACCUGGCCAAGAUCUCAGAGCAUCCCCAGAAGCCGAGUCAUCACGGGCGUCCGAGGAUGGUCCAAGUGAACCCAGGGCGUUCGAAGCCAGGAAAUCAAACGGAAGCAAGAAGUGUUGCUCUUGUUUCACUGAUGUAAGUCCUAAAUGGUGGCCAAUGAGUCAACCUGCUCGACAUGGAGUUGACUCGUCAACAAUCGCGAAUGGGUAUCGUACCGACCCAGGCCUUGAACGUGAUGGACCAAACGGAAUUCGUGACACUUUCAUGACAAAUGGUGUGGUCAAAGCAGAAGCCAUGGAUACUUUGCCAGCCAACGUCGCCGAUGAGAAGAGAGCGGGGCUUUAUCAAUGUCACAAGUGCCAUGUUUUGAAGCGCGAAGCACCUGCAUCACCUUCGCAGAUCAAACCUCGCGAGAAGCCUUCCAAAGAACCUGAGCCAGCCCCAGAGCCAUAUCCUCCAUACCAGCAGCCAGCUUAUGCUCCUCCGCCUGCGCCACCAGCACCGCCUGUGUAUCCAAUGAGUCGGCCUGCGCAUGAGAUCAGUCCAGCUCCUCACUCACAUCCACCUGGACCAAUUCCCCCCCAUCAUUCGCCUUGGCAAACUGUUCCUCCACCAUGGCCAACAUCGUCGUCGUCGUCGUCUGUACGACCCGCUGGUCAUCAAUCGCCUCCGACAAGUGGACACUACCUACAUUCACCGCUGUACCGGCCACCUCCAGAUUAUGGCCAGCCACCAUAUAGUCGACCUCCUCCACCUCCGUCGCCGUAUGGUGCACCUCCACCGCCACCGCCACCGCCCCCAGCACCUGUUCCAUUACCCCAGCACUCGCCACAAGGCCCAGGACCGUAUGGGCACCCUGUGCAGCAUCACCAUGCGCCACCAAUCUCGUCCCCAUCUGCGCCAAGAUACCCUUCACCUCCUCGAUUUGGGGCUGAACGGCCUCGAAUCCCGUCGCCUAGGCUUAACCUUGGAACACCGAGUCUUUUGUCCCGCCCAGCCUAUGCUCCUGAACCUCCUCGUGCAAGCACAAUUCCUUCUCCAGUUAAUGGCUACGCUAUGCCACAUGGGUCUGCACCGAGAGGAUAUGGACAAGCUCCACCGCCGCCACCGCCUCCUAUGGCCAGACAAACCUCUAGCGCCCCAACAUUAGCUCAGAUUACACAGUCGACUGAGCAAGGAGGUCAUCAACAUUCACGUCAGCCAAGUGCGGAGAGUACGUCGAGAUUCUCAGUGCGACCGAUACCAAUGGAAAGUCCCAAUCAACGACCAAUCACACCAGCCACCACGGCAGCGUUGAGAGAGGAGAAACGAGAAGGGACAGGUGCAAGUGCCAGCCCCAGUUUGCGAAACUUGCUUAGCUAGUGGCCAGAAACUAAGAAACGCAAACUGAGGAGCAAAACAGAUUGAUCAGGUCAGGGUAUGUGUUAGGUUUUCGGUACUGAGGGGGUUUUCCGUGAGACGACAAUGACUUGACGAAGAUGUGAGGGGAUAGACAAGGAGACAAGGAGACAAGGAGACCGAGCUGGCCUUGUGACGUGGCUUACAUGGACCACGGUCCACUGGUGGGAAACUUGCUAAGUCGAGCUACUCAGCAGCGGACAAACAGAAGCCAUGAUAUCUCCGCCUGCGAUCUACGCCUGACAUGGAUAUGUUUAUGGACAUUGACGUAUUGAAAUUCAUGUAUGUAUGUAUAACUAUUACCUCGAGGUAUUCAAGUUUUGGUCCAGAAUAGACGAGAAAAUACAAGAACGAGAGGCUUUGGCCAACGAUUCGUUACUA